AACUACUACUGCUAAAAGCCUUUAGAGUCAAAACUCAAAAAUGUCAUUUUCCUGUGGCAAAAAAUUUUUCAAGAGGUUCUGUGUGGAUGAAUUCCAAAUGGGAAGUCUUCCGUAUAGCAGUUUUUUGUCUAAUGAUCUAUUGCCAUCCCUUGGAGCCAGAAUCAACCAAGAAACAAGACUAAGAAGAUACAUAAUUUCCCCUUUCAAUCCACGUUAUAGGGCUUGGGAGAUGCUACUAAUUGUUCUAGUUGUUUACUCUGCAUGGAUUUGCCCAUUUGAAUUUGCCUUUCUGCCUUACAAGCAAGACACACUAUUCAUCAUAGACAACAUUGUAAAUGCCUUCUUUGCCAUUGACAUCAUGCUUACAUUCUUUGUUGCAUACCUUGAUAGCCAUUCUUACCUUCUUGUUGAUGAUCCCAAGAAAAUUGCAGUCAGGUACAUAUCAACCUGGUUUAUCUUUGAUGUCUGUUCAACUGCACCUUUCCAAUCCAUUAGCCUCCUCUUCACGGAUCACAGUAGUGAGAUUGGCUUCAAAAUUCUUAACAUGCUUCGGUUAUGGCGCCUGAGACGAGUCAGUUCUCUGUUUGCAAGACUUGAGAAGGACAUUCGCUUCAAUUACUUCUGGACUAGGUGCUCAAAGCUCAUUGCUGUAACCUUGUUUGCUGUGCACUGUGCUGGAUGCUUCAACUAUCUGAUAGCAGAUAGGUACCCAGAUUCAAAAAGGACUUGGAUUGGUUCUGUGUACCCAAAUUUCAAAGAAAUGAGUCUAUGGGAAAGAUAUGUGACAGCCAUAUAUUGGUCCAUUGUCACACUUACUACCACUGGGUAUGGGGAUUUGCAUGCAGAAAACACAAGAGAGAUGUUGUUUGAUAUCUUCUACAUGCUGUUCAACCUGGGAUUAACAUCAUACAUCAUUGGAAACAUGACAAACUUGGUAGUCCAUUGGACAAGCCGCACCAGAAAUUUUAGAGAUACAGUCAGAGAAGCUUCAGAAUUUGCAUCAAGAAAUCAGCUGCCCCAUCACAUCCAGGAUCAAAUGUUGUCACACUUAUGUUUGAGGUUCAAAACAGAAGGGUUGAAGCAGCAAGAAACACUAAAUGGCAUGCCAAAGGCAAUUCGUGCAAGCAUUGCUCACCAUCUAUUCUUUCAAGUUGUGCAAAGGGUCUACCUCUUCCAAGGAGUCUCACAUGACUUUCUUUUCCAGCUGGUUAUAGAGAUGGAAGCUGAGUAUUUCCCACCCAAGGAAGAUGUUAUACUACAAAAUGAGUCUCCUACCGACCUAUAUAUACUGGUUUCAGGGGCAGUGGAUCUCAUCCGCUCUGUUGAUGGCCAUGAUCAAGUUCUGAAGCAUUCUACUGCAGGAGAUACACUUGGAGAAAUUGGAGUUUUAUACUGUAGACCACAACCUUUCACUGUUCGGACCACCGAGCUUUCUCAAAUUUUAAGACUCAGCAGAACUUCAUUGAUGAAUGCCAUACAUGCAAAUCCAAAAGCAGCACAAAUUAUAAUGAAAAAUCUUUUAAUGAGCUUAAAGGGUUAUCAAGGAUUGGAUUUUUCGUAUCCACCUAUAGACCCUGAAUUGGAUCUUCACCAAAUUCAUGAUUGGGACAACACAGGAGGAAGCUCUUCUGAUGGAUUUACAAAUAGUUCAUACGAGGAAGCCAGAUUGCAUAACAUGAUUCCUGAAGAUGGAAAAAGAGAUCUUUAUGCUACUGCUCACAUAGGUCAUCCUAACAUGGAAGCAAAUGAAAAGAACUUAAACCCCAUAAGAUGGAAACAGAAACCUCUAGUAGAGCAGCAACAAAACCAGAGCAUUUCUGACCUUGCAAUGAAUCAUGAAAAUAGAAAGACACUAGAUGAACAUAUAAUAGAGUUUGUGGAGCCACAAAUCCUUAACCAUACUAAGAAUGACCCAACUAGAGAAAAAGAUGUUCUUAGAACUGUCAACCACCCUUUAGGAAAACCAUUCACAAACUCCUAUUCAAGCAACUCCAAUUAUAGAACUGAUAGAGAAGCACAAGUAUUAUUCAAAAAGAGAGUUACCAUCCACUUUCUAAGCAAACACAGACCUUCCUUACAGGAUCAGCAUGGGAAGUUGAUUAUUUUACCUGAUUCAUUAGAAGAUCUGCUCAAAAUUGCUGGAGAAAAGUUUGGAGGCUCCAAGCCUACAAAAGUAAUUAAUACUGAGAAUGCGGAGAUAGAUGAUAUUAGUGUCAUUCGAGAUGGUGAUCAUCUAUUUUUUCUUUCAAGUGACAGUGAAAAUUUAAGUUCAUAAUCUUAUCAAUGAUAGUCACAGUGUGGAUAUGAAGCUAGGUUGUAAUCUUCAGGAAGAUGAUGAUGAUAAUAAUAAUAAAAACCAAAAAACAAAAAAGCACUGACAGAUUACAUAAAGUGUUAACC